CGCUUUUGAUCGUGUUUGUUGGCUCACAAGGUUUGGUGCUUUCUGUCGGUCAUAUUAUCGGAGCUUUGUGUAUUGUGGCCAACUACUAUAGAUAUUGAUCUACAACCGCUAAUUCAAGGCUGGUAUGAGAAUGCUAGCGGCGGCCGAAAACUCUGACGAGCAAUUAAAGGCAUUCAAACCCCAAAUGGAUCAAAAGUCUCUUGAAACAGACUCGUCUCCAAUUGCUCAGUUGCCUUCUUUUUCCAAUGAGACACUCAAUACCUGCAAACCUUCUCAAGCGUCAUGUAUUCUCUCCAAAGCCAAGACUCCUGUCAGAUCACCAUUAUCUACACCCCUGGUCAAAAGACUGGAGACCUUAGCAGUCUUUCUACAUGGUAGUUCAAUAGUUGUUCUUCCAUUCAUAUACUUCUAUCUAUGGUGUUAUCCGUUCAUGUGGCCAUUUCUCCUCGUUUACACGUUCAAGUUUUAUCUAUUUGACCGUACCCCUUCUAAUGGUAAUGCGCUCAACAGAUACUCUAGAUCAAUGUCAAACUGGAGCCUGUAUAAGCACUUUGCCAAUUACUAUCCAGUCCGUCUCCAUAGAAGCGAAGAAUUAUCCCCUACGAAAACCCCAAUAAAAGUUGAAUUAGAGGAGUUCGAUAUUCCGCCAUUUUUCGCAUCCGUCACCCCAAACUUAGUGCUGAGUUUACUGUUCAGAUGGAAAGUGAUCCAAAAAAGAAAAACAACCGUUGAAAGAGAGACGAUUACAGGGCCUAGAUACAUUUUUGGAUAUCAUCCUCAUGGCGUUAUCGCCAUGGGAGUGUUCGCGGGAUUCGCAACUGAAGGUGCAGGAUUUUCGAAGCUGUUUCCAGGAAUCCGCUGUUUUGUAACCACACUUGUAAACCAGUUUCAGCUUCCAUUUUAUCGUGACUACUUGAUGAGCUUGGGAUGUACUGCUGUGACUAAAAAGAACAUUUCAUCUUUGUUGGACAAAGGACACAGCGUGGUUAUUGUGGUCGGUGGUGCAAGUGAAAGUCUGCUUGCAAAACCACAUUUGAAUUCAAUCGUAUUGAGGAGACGAAAAGGUUUUGUCAAGUUAGCACUACAGGCAAGUGGAAGAUUUAAUAAUGAUGAUAUAUGUUUAGUGCCCGUGUAUGCAUUUGGCGAAAACAACAUUUACGACGUAUACUAUACUAAUGAGACGGAGAAUCCCAACAACAAGAAUGAUGGCUAUAUACGCCAGUUACUCAAAUGGUUCCAACUUCGGCUCAAAAAGAAUUUUGGAUUUACUCUUCCUAUAAUAAUUUCUCGUGGGCUGUUGAACUAUGAUUUUGGACUUCUUCCCCACAGACGUCCGAUCCACAUUGUCACUGGAGCUCCCAUAACAGUUAAAAGGCUCCAUGGCAGAAAGUAUGGAGACGUAGUGUCCCCUGAAGAAAUUGAUUACUACCAUAAUUUAUACGUGCAAGCUCUACAAGAGCUUUUCGCCACUUACAAAGACAAAUACCUGUUAGAGAAUGAUCGCGACCUGAAAAUCGUUGAAUAGAUUGCGGACACCUGUUAUGCUUUCCUUCAAAUUGCAGUUUUCGAUUUCUAUAUCAGCACAUUCUUACCAGACUUUUAUGUCCUUUCCUAAAUACACCU